AUGCCGAUAAGAGUGGUGUACCUCGAAAUAUCUGGACGGAUUCCUUAUGGGAACUCGUCCAUUUUCCUCUCCAAAUUGGCAUCGCCCUACUGCUUGCAACCCUCGGUGUGCGUACCAGUGGUGGCGUUCAGAAUCACUGAUGAAGCACAGAACACCAGCGCACUCAGCUCCGCUGUAAGAAGGAGUGAAGAUGGGUUGCGGGCAUACAGAGACUGGGCCAAGGCCGCUGCGAGCCUGUAUUCCCCCGACCCCUCCAGCCCUGGCACACUACGCAGUAAAGAAUCUUUCGAGGCCGCCCGGGAAGUGGUGAAUUACUACGCUAAAGUUGCCGGAGAGAAAUUGCGACCUUUGCAACUUACGCCGUCGUGGGAUAUACACAGCCGAACCGUGUACCAAUGGUUCAGUAAUCGGAAUUACACUAGAUGCUUCAAAGCAGCGCACACCGUGUACUUGGGCCAGAUUCCGUAUAAAGCCUUCUCCGUGAGCUCCAGAUAUGGCAUAGCUGACCGCAUGAUUUCCGGAAUCACGCCAAUUGAACUCGCGGAAAGAUUGUACUUCGAAGACUACCGCUCCGACAUCAGUCAUAAUUGCGUAGGCGCCGCCCCGACAGCAAAGGUGGCAACAAGCCCAGUAGCAGUGCUCGCUGAAGUCAACGUCGCUGGCGUGCAGUUUUUCCUGCAGGCUCUUCAUGCGGGAUCCUACAGGGGUAUGGCGCUGUUGUAUCCGCUGGCAGGAUCAGUGCUCUGUCUCUGCGCGUUGCGAUCGUUGUUCCGUGGGCAGCUCAACUUAUGCUCUCUGUGGCCUCGCAUUCCACUGCUCAUCCUUGGAGUGGUGUUGAUGUUUUUCUGUCGAAUCGACGCGGAUAUUGGGGUGCCCGAGAGGUAUAGCUACUGGUUCGACAAAUACAUUGCGAGCGAGACGGGGCGUGAAUCGGACCUGGAAUGGUCGGUCCUCAUGCACAUCGCUGCUAAGGGAUGGUUCUCAGCGAUCGUGCUCGCGUUCUUCGCUGUUUCCAUGCUGUCCGUCGCCUUGAUAUCGGUAAGACUGGGCUUUGGUGGUGUGGCUGAUGCCAGAAAUACUUGA